UCAGCGCCACAGGUUUGAUUGCACAUGUAGCUAAACAUUACAAUUUCAAGCUUCGGAAUGCAAACAUAAACAUAAUUACUUUAAAAAAGCGCAAUGAAACGAUUUACAAUGCACCGCAUUUACAGUGAAACAUGUUAAGAUAUUAGCUAUAAUUUCGGACAAAUUGCUGUCUUAACCAAUAAAUUAAAUGAUUUCGAUUACCAAAAGGUUUGGGGGGGUUUUGCGUUCAGUGUCACGAUGCAUAAAUUUGCCAAACUGCAAGAGGCAAUGUGUCGGAGUGAGAACGCAUCUUUGCACUGUGGGACAUGUAAAUACGUCAUUCCAGUGCUCGAAGGAUGAGCUGAGGAGACUAAGAAGCCUGGAGAGGCAUUUUAAGAGAAAACUGCGUUCAGUUCAUCAGCGGUUUGCUGAUGUCCCCGACAGCAACGUUAUAGUGGGACGUCACCACGUGUACGCUGAGGAUGGCCAUGGGGUCUACAGACUGGCACGUGGAUUGGGUGAGGGGGACAUGGAGCAGGUGCUCUGUGCAGACUGGGCUAGAGGUGUGGCUGGGACCAUUCAGAGGGUCAGGCUCUCUGCCACAGAGGCCAUGCUAGCGGCAACCGUGCAGGACAACGACAGUGAGAAUACCAGGUGCAUACUGGUUCAAUUGGGGCAUUCUGUUGUGCCUCAGAAGCCCAUGCUUAUCCUGGACAAGGUGUUCAGCUUUGAGUGGGCCUCUGAUGAUAUGCUGUUCUACACCACUCAAGAAGCACUUCAGUGCAGGCAUGUUUUCCGACUUCACCUUAGCGAAACCGGAGCCAACAGCAUCCUGGUUUAUGAAGAAAAUGAUCCGGAGUUCUUCAUCGAGGUCAGUCACACCAGAGACCAGCGGCUGCUAACGUUAAACUGCAGCAGUAAGAGCAGCUCUGAGGUCUGGCUGAUCGACAGCAUGGCUCCCUUCUCACGCCCCAGACUGGUUCAUCCUCGCCAGCCUGGCCUCCUCUACCAUGUGGAGCAUGCUGGCGGCCAGCUGUACAUCCUAGCCAACACCGGCCCAGCCCAGGAGUACCAGGUCCUGAGGGCUUAUCCCUGCUCCCCAGGUAUGCAGCACUGGGAGCCUGUGUUCAGCCCUGAGCCUGGAGCAGUCAUUAAAGAUAUGGAGGUGCUCCAGGACCACUGUGUGUGUACGGUGAGGGAGCCCCAGGGUCGACUCCAACUCCACACUUUUCCGUUAAGCGCACCUAACCAUGUGGCUGCUCUGCAGCUGCCCCUCUGGGCCUGUGCCGUAGAGACGCAGCGGUUAAGCACAGAAGAUAGAGGUGCAUGCUCCCUCCUCCUGUCCUCCCCGGUCCACCCACCCGUCUGCUACCUCCUGUCCCCCAAGGAACUGCAGCCCCUCUCUCAGGAGGAUGAGCCACAACACACACUCCCACGCGAGGGUCACACCACACGCCUGUGGGCCCACAGCCAGGAUGGAACUGCAGUGCCUUUGACACUUUUCCACAUGCAAGCCUUAGAAGAGCUGAGGGAGGCUCCACUGCUGGUGCAUGUGUACGGAGCUUACGGCCUGGACCUGAACAUGGCCUUCAGCCCUGAGAAGAGACUCCUGCUGGACCACGGCUGGGCUCUGGCCUACUGUCACGUCAGGGGGGGUGGCGAGUGUGGUCUGGCCUGGCACCGUGCUGGUCGCUUGCAGCUCAAGCACAAAGGAGUGGAGGACCUCACUGCCAGCAUUCACACUCUCUUCAGUUCAGGAGUGUCCCAGCCUGCACUGACUGCCCUCACCGCCCGCAGUGCAGGAGCUGUCUUAGCUGGGGCGCUGUGCAACCAGCACCCUCAGCUCCUCACAGCAGUCCUUCUCCAGGCACCUUUCCUGGAUGUCCUGGGCACCACGCAGGACCCAUCUCUACCCUUAACAGUGGAGGAGAGGGGGGAGUGGGGAGACCCCCUCGCAGACCCUCAGCAGAGAGACAACAUUGCCUCUUACUGCCCAUGUCAUAAUAUUACACCUCAGCUCUAUCCGUCCGUGCUGAUCACGGCUUACUCCGGCGACAGCAGAGUGCCUUUCUCGGGGGUGCUGAAGUACGUGGAGAGACUCAAGAGGGCCGUGCAGACCCAUGCAAGCAGCCAUAGUGGACAUGUGCCAGCUGUUAUACUGGACUCUCAGCCAGGUGGAGACCACUUUGGUCCAGAAGCCUUUGACCAGUCCCUUAGUGAGAGUGCCCGACAGUUAGCUUUCCUCUACACAGUGCUUGGGCUGGAUUAUCCAGGAUCCCCUCUGCAAAGAACAAGACAAAAAAAAAAGCCCAGCACAUAAAUCAUAGACACACUGGACCUUGUGGAACCUUUCAGGACCCUGGACUGUGUUAUUAACUGUGAAACUUGAUGCAUUUGAUUUUUUUUUAAGUAAGCACAAAAAUACUAAUAAAAUGUUUUUUUAAAGAUUA